CAGUGGUGGUAGGAGAGACUAUUCAUCGAGAAGGGUGGCCACUUUCUUUUCUUUUCUUUUCUUUUUUUCUUAUCUUCCAAAUUCCAAUUAGGUAAAAUCGGUGGACUCAUAACCGAGUCAGCGACUCAACCCGUCCCCAUAAAACGAUUCCAAUUCGAGGAAUCUCCACUUUUCGUUAUAUAAAGCAACUUUCUAUUAAGGAAUCCUUGUAAAUCGAGAGAAAGAGGGGAAAAGAUGGGGACUAUCGGUGGAGACGAACUAGGUUUAGAUGUGGAUGAGACGAUCUUCGUCGCGGUGGCGGAAGAUGUGGAGAGGAGCAAAACGACGCUAUUGUGGGCGGCGCGAAACUUCUCCGGCAAAAAGAUUUGCUUGCUUUAUGUUCAUCGCCCUGCUCCGCCUGCCUCCUGGACGCACAAGAAACUUGCUGGUGGUACCUUUAGGAAACAUGCUGUCAAGGUGAUUGAGCGUGUUGAUAAACAAAAAGUGGACGAGCUUAUGGAUUCUUAUCUACGCCUUUUAUCUAAAACUGAGGUUCAAACAGAUAAACUUUGCAUUGCGGGACAAAAUAUCGAGGAAGGUAUCGUAGACCUGAUUGCUCGACACAAUAUUAAGUGGUUCGUAAUGGGAGCUGCAUCAGAUAAACACUACUCAUGGAGAAUGACGGAUUUGAAGUCCAAGAAAGCCAUAUUCGUUUGCAAAAAUGCUCCUGAUUCCUGUCAUAUUUGGUUUCUGUGCAAAGGUUACCUCAUCUUUACAAGGACAGCAAAUGACCAUAGUAGUAACACACAAACAAUGCCUCCCCUAGAACAGCUGGAUUCGGAUACUGAGACAAGGAGAUCAGAAAAACUGGAAUCCUCUUAUAUGAGGCGAAGGUUAAGAUAUUGGCGCAGCCUACUUGAACAAGAUGGUGAGAAAGAAACAGGUCAACUGGAGAGAGAAAAGGUAGACCCAAGUCCAACUACUCAUUCAUCUUCAGGUUCGGGUUCUUCCUUUGGAGAGCCGGCUAGCCCGGAUUUAGUUGGCUCAGAUAAGUUAACUCCCUCAAAUGUCCAGGAGAGGAAACGUGAAGGGAAUGUAGCGCGCGAAGUUCAUAGGUAUGAUAAAGCCAUGCAUGAUAUCAGCCAAUCAGAGAGAACUGUAUAUGGAGAAGGUCGGAACGGAUGGAAAGAGGAUGACAGUACCAUGGAGGCUUUAUGCAAGGCAAAAGCCUUAGACGGCUUAUGCAGUAAGGAGUUGAGUCGAAGAAAGAAAUUAGAGGAAUUGCUAGAGAAAGAAAAGGAUGAAGUAAAGACGGUAAUAGAGCAGAACAAUGGAUUCAUGAGAAAGCUUCAGAUAGUUCAGGGUGAUAAUCUUAGGUUGGAGAGCCAGAUAACGAAACUACAAGACCUGGAAAAAGAACACGGUGAGAAAUUUGAUACUGCUAUGGAACUCUUGAAAAGCUUCAGGCAGAAAAGGGAUGAGAUCCGGAUCGAUCACGAGAACGCGAUAAAGGAAGUAAACGCAUUGAAGAGAUUGAUAAAAGGAAAGUCUGUGGAGUCUUCAGGUUCAGAAAUGCUCGACUAUUCUUUCAUGGAAAUCAAUGAAGCUACUAACGAGUUUGAUCCAUCCUGGAAGCUUGGAGAAGGCAAAUACGGAAGUGUGUACAAAGGGAAUCUUCAAAAUCUUCAAGUUGCUGUGAAGAUGUUGCCAUCAUAUGGCUCCCAGAAUCACUUUGAGUUUGAGCGUAAGGUGGAGAUUUUAAGGAGAGUAAGGCAUCCACAUCUGGUGACAAUAAUGGGUACUUGUCCAGAGUCUCGGUCUGUUAUUUAUCAGUAUGUUCCUAACGGAAGCCUCGAAGACUGCUUUUCAUCUACAAACAACGUUCCUGCCCUUCCAUGGGAGUCUCGGAUCAGGAUUGCCUCUGAGAUAUGCUCUGCACUCCAGUUUCUUCACUCAAACGUUCCUUGCAUCAUUCAUGGAAACCUAAAACCGUCCAAGAUUCUCCUAGACUCCAGUCUCGUCACCAAGAUUAGCGACUACGGGAUCUCUCAGCUGAUCCCUGUCAAUGGAAUCGACAAAUCUGAUCCUCACGUGGAUCCACAUUACUUUGUUUCCGGCGAAAUGACGCUGGAGUCAGACGUAUACUCGUUUGGAAUGAUUCUCCUUCAGCUUCUCACCAGAAGACCUCUCUCCGGCGUUCUGAGAGACGUCAAAUGUGCUGUGGAGAAUGAUAACAUCAGCGCGGUGCUGGAUAAUUCAGGAGGAGAUUGGCCAAUAGCACGAGGGAAAAAGCUAGCUAAUAUAGCCAUCCGUUGCUGUAAGAGAAACCCAUUGAAUCGACCAGACUUGGCCAUUGUUCUAAGGAAUAUAGAUCGAAUGAAAGCUCCUUUAUCGGAACAGUCUUCAUACAAUUCCAGCCAAAAACCUCCACGCAAGCCUCCUUCUCAUUACUUAUGCCCUAUUUUCCAGGAAGUGAUGAAAGAUCCUUUGAUAGCAGCAGAUGGAUUUACUUAUGAAGCGGAAGCAAUAAGGGAAUGGUUAGCGAAUGGGCACGAUACGUCGCCGAUGACAAACCUGAAGAUGGAAGAUUGCAAUCUCAUACCUAAUCACGCUCUUCAUCUUGCUAUUCAAGAUUGGCAUAACCAGUGGUGAUUACAUUUACUUUUGCCUCAAACUCGCAAUUCUUUUUAGAUGUGUCACUUUGUAAAGUAUGGAGAAAUAUAUAAAGCCCACAUAUAUAUUACAUAUCUGGCCAGUUUAUAAUUCGAAAUGAAAGUUUACUU